AUGCCUCGUAUCCAAAAUAAUUGUGGUGCAGGAUCGGCAUGCACCGACCAGCUAUCAACUCCUUUUCUACUACCACCGUUUGAAUUCUCGGAACUACAGCUGGAACAGCAAGUUGAAUUCCCUCUAUCAAUCACCACUCUCUGUGGAAAUAAUCCAGUCGAAUUCACUACGCCAUCAUGCCUCGAUCCUUCUUGGAUUCAUGAUCUCUCUCGGACAGUAGUGUUGGAUCGAUCGGCUAGCUAUCACUUACUGUUUGCUACCGAUCAAGGGCAGAUACUUAGUAUCAACCCAGGCUCUCCGGACAUAUCUGCUUUCACUUCAUUUGAUUCGGAUGAGACUAUCUUCUCCGAUUUCGGUUGUUCAAGAAUCGAUAGACCUGACAAAUCGGUAGUCCCGAAUGACCCAACUUCUGUUCCUGGAGUACCAGUCGUCAGACCCAAAAGCCAUGGAGAAAGCUCUCUUAACUCCGAAGAUUCGUUUUCUAGUACCGCGCCCCAUGGAUCUAAGAGGAGGCCGGACAUGGAACGUCAAAAGACCAGACUUCCCAAAAAGGCCAAGUUCAGCCACCCGAAUUCCGGGCUGGACAACUCCAAGCUUCCCGAUUCAGAGCCUGUUCGAAGUGAGGGUAGGAACAACCGCACAAACAUCGCAUGUGCCGACAAGUUGUCCCCUUCACCAGGCCAGAUGAACAGAACAGUCAACGAUGAUAAAGCCGAUGAGCUCCGCCAGGCGCUACCGAAGCUCGAUAAGAAAGGGGAUGCCACCUAUGCAAUACGUGAAUUAUCCAAAGACAGGCCGGUAGACUCAAAAGCUAUCCCCAUACCCAAUCGGACGAAAAUUGAUUUGGGUUUUUGGACGCAAUUAAAGCCGGCAUUAUUUUGA